ACGUCUACGUUUUAAUUCUGUCAUCUCGUUAACUGCGUGUGUCAGCUACCUCUUCCUCACGCAAAGCGUCGGUGCGUUAUCUAUCUUUGCGGCCAGCCUCACAAUCGUCACAUUGUUUGGGGCUCCACUUGUGUGGUGCAACGUAAUCAUCGGAUUUUGCGGAACUCUAUACACAGCGCUGGGUGGACUUCGAGGCGUUGUUUGGACAGACUGCAUGCAGCUGGUUUUCAUGCUACUUGCCCCUGCCACCGUCAUUGCGAAAGUAUUUCUCGACUUGAAGAGCUCCAACGGCACAGCGCAGACCGUGAGUGACUUUGAUGUGCGGCCAUACAUUGGAAACUUUGCAUUGGACCUCACGCAAGACGAGAACGUGUGGGCACCUCUAGUAGCAGCGACGACUGCUACUAUGUACCGGUUGGGUCUGGACCAAGCAGUGGUACAGCGGUGUAUGGCAACCCGAUCUCUUCGCAGCGCACAAAGGACAGUAAUUGCAGGUUCUCUACUAAACGUCGCCGUUGACUUCAUCAACCUAGCCAUGACAAUUGCACUGAUAUUCUGGUAUCGGGGUUGUGAUCCGGAGCUUGCUGGCGCUAUUAAAACUCAUGAUCAGAUACUACCGUUCUAUGUAAAAAACCACUUUGCGCAGUUUCCGGGAUUUACAGCACUCUUCCUGGUGGCCAUUGUAAGCUCUGCGACAAGUACAAUAUCAUCGAUCAUCAACUCGCAAGCCGCUGUUCUCUACGUGGAUGUACUCUCUCAGCGCUUCAAAAGCCUCGAUUCUCAUGUCCAUUGGAUCACACGUGGCCUAGCAUUCCUGCUUGGUGGUUUCAUGACGGCUUACAGUUGCGCGUGUUUCUACAUGGGGUCCGUCACAAGAAGACAGGCCAGCGGUGCGGAUGGCCUGAAGAACCGCCUCAAGCCGCUCGAUGUGCUGCUGAAACGUGGUGGAAAAAACAACUACAUCGUCUAA